AUGAUGCUUUCCUAUUCGUGGGAUUAUCGUGUCGUCGAUGCCAUCCAAGAGUUUUGUCAACAAAACAAGCACGAUCCACAAACUACUCGCGUCUGGAUCUGUUUUGUUUGUCUCAAUCAAUUCCGGACGCUCCGUGACCCUGUUCCCUUUUCUGUUUUUCGAAACAUUUUUCAACAAAAGGUACAAGCGGUCGAGGUAGUCCUCGGGCUGCUGGUACCCUGGACUCAGCCCAUUGCCUUGUCCAGAGCUUGGUGUGCCUUUGAGUUCUUUUCGGCAUUGAAAUCGGACAAACUGGCGGUUAUCAUUCCGCAAUCGGAAUGGGAAAAGUUUGAGGAUUCACUCGAUUCCUCCGAAGGUGUGCUCGGAGGUGUCAGCAAUGUGCUGGAAGCGACCAGCAAAAUUUGUGUAGAGCAUGCCCGGGCUACACAUCCUCAGGACAAGGCGAAUGUACUCAAGAUGAUCAUUGGACGUGAAGAUAAUGAAGUAGCAUUGGAUGACAAUCAGCGUCCCAUUGAUUUGACUAAGCAAGAGCAACAAAUGUGUACCCAAGUCAAUGCCGACAUUAUCGAUGAAAUGAAACGAUGGUACUGCGAAAGUGCUCUUGUUCGGCUAGAGGAACUCAUUGCUCAUGCGGAUAAUCCAGAAGCAAUCCCAAUCAACCGUUUCUGCGCCGUGGCCUGGAUGCUGGCUUCUUUCAACAGAGUGCCAAACUCGUGUCCAAAGGCUCGUGACAUGCUGGCCCAUGCACGAGAAAAACUAGGUGCUACUGAGACCCUAGGAAUUGCGCAGAUUCGAUUGUACGAGGGCACCAUUCUUCGGAAGAUUGGGGCCUCUCUCCACGACAACAAUCAGAGAGACGAGGUGUUUGCCCAGAGUCUUGACUCGUUUCUCUGUUCGAAACGCAUUUUCCAGCAGCUCGACGCUACAUCCAGCGUCAUGUAUAGCAAUUUGAUGGCUGGGAUUGGCCUGUUGCAGAGUCUCAUGAACAAUAUGGAUCAAAGUCUUGAAGCCUUUGAGGAAAUGGCUCAAGCUCUGGAUAGCUGCCAGUGCCGCACAGAAGCUGUAAUAGACUUUGUCAAUGGAUACAAAUGCUGGGCCAUCACGUAUCGCAACAUGCAACACUACGAUCAAGCCAUUGACAAGUUUGAGAUUGCCAUGGAGGUCGCCAGAGCGGGAGAUCAAAAGUACAACGUCUGGUACUCGGAUUUGCUGCUGCAAUAUGCGUGUACCUUUGCAAUCCCCGAACGCAUGGACUCGCAACGGGCUGACUCCCUUUGCAGCCAGGUAUCUUACAUUUUGAACAGACUCGGGUUGCGCGAGGGUUCCAAUCAGUUUCGGAUAUUGCAGGACUUGAGGCGACAACUCGAGGAACGGAAACCACGCGGCGACAAUUGA